GUGGCAGUGCUCAGCAGCAUCCGACAGGAGCCCUGGCAAACAGGACGGAUUUCCAGGACUCUACCAGCUGCCAGACACGGCGGGGAGAGACUCCAGACCUCCUGGGUCCUGGCUGUGGGCCCGGAUUGCGCUCCCAAGUGGCGUUUGACUCACGUGGGGACACUCUUGGAAGAGACAACACCAGGAGCCUGAAUGGGGAAUGAUUCUGUCAGCUACGAGUAUGGGGAUUACAGCGACCUCUCGGACCUCCCUGUGGACUGCCUGGAUGGCGCCUGCCUGGACAUCGACCCGCUGCGCGUGGCCCCGCUCCCGCUGUAUGCCGUCAUCUUCCUGGUGGGGGUGCCGGGCAAUGCCAUGGUGGCCUGGGUGGCUGGGAAGGUGGCCCGCCGGAGGGUGGGUGCCACCUGGUUGCUCCACCUGGCCGUGGCUGAUUUGCUGUGCUGUUUGUCUCUGCCCAUCCUGGCAGUGCCCAUUGCCCGUGGAGGCCACUGGCCGUAUGGUGCACUGGGCUGUCGGGCGCUGCCCUCCAUCAUCCUGCUGACCAUGUAUGCCAGCGUCCUGCUCCUGGCAGCUCUCAGUGCCGACCUCUGCUUCCUGGCUCUCAGGCCUGCCUGGUGGUCUACGGUUCAGCGGGCAUGCGGGGUGCAGGUGGCCUGUGGGGCAGCCUGGACACUGGCCUUGCUGCUCACCGUGCCCUCCGCCAUCUACCGCCGGCUGCACCAGGAGCACUUCCCAGCCCGGCUGCAGUGUGUGGUGGACUAUGGCGGCUCCUCCAGCACCGAGAAUGCAGUGACCGCCGUCCGGUUUCUUUUUGGCUUCCUGGGGCCCCUGGUGGCCGUGGCCAGCUGCCACGGCGCCCUCCUGUGCCGGGCAGCCCGACACUGCUGGCCACUGGGCAUGGCCAUCGUGGUGGGGUUUUUUGUCUGCUGGGCACCCUACCACCUGCUGGGGCUGGUGCUCACUGUGGCGGCCCCGAACUCCGCACUCCUGGCCAGGGCCCUGCGGGCUGAACCCCUCAUCGUGGGCCUUGCCCUUGCUCACAGUUGCCUCAAUCCCAUGCUCUUCCUGUAUUUCGGGAGGGCUCAACUCCGCCGGUCACUGCCAGCUGCCUGUCACUGGGCCCUGAGGGAGUCCCAGGGCCGGGAUGAAAGUGUGGACAGCAAGAAAUCCACCAGCCAUGACCUGGUCUCGGAGAUGGAGGUGUAGGCUGGAGAGACACUGUGGAUGUGUAUCUUCCUAUCUCAUUUCACAAGACUGGCUUCAGGCAUAGCUGGAUCCAGGAGCUCAAUGAUGUCUUCAUUUUAUUCCUUCCUUCAUUCAACAGAUAUCCAUCAUGCACUUGCUAUGUGCAAGGCCUUUUUAGGCACUGGAGAUAUAGCAGUGACCAAAACAGACAGGGAGCUGAUAUUCUAGUGGAGGAAGAAUAUCAGCUCCCUGAGGGAGCUGCCCUCAGGGAGCUGAUAUUCUAGUGGAGGAAGACAGACUAUAAACAAAGAUAUAUAGGGCCAUUUGUGGUGGCUCACGCCUGUAAUCCCAGCGCUUUGGGGGGCUGAGGCAGGUAGAUCACUUGAGGUCAGGAGUUCAAGACCAGCCUGGCCAAUAUGGUGAAACCCUGUCUCGACUAAAAAUACAAAAAUUAGCCGGGCAUGGUGGCGCAUGCCUGGAGUCCCAGCUACUUGGGAGGCUGAGGCAGGAGAAUCGUUUUGA